AUGGCCAAAACGUAUCAGCAAUCACAUGCGACCUCUAAACCGCAUGAUGGAUUGCCUGUAUGGCCAUCGUCAGUUGUAGUGCAGGAGUCACAGUCACCGCUUGAGCUGCACGCUAUACCAAGAGAGACUCUCACAGCCGUCAACAAUGAUGAUGCCUUGUCACGACCCAGUUUUCCGUCCUCAAGCGAUGACGAGUACAUCCAAAGCAUCAUGGCUCCUACAAUUACCGACAUUGAGUCUGAUUCGCACCUUCAUGAUGCAAGUCAUAAUCCUGGAAUGGGACUGCUCUUGUCAUUGUCGGAUAGACUACAACCCCCGGUUGAUCCGUCUGUGUUUGACUCUGUGUCUCCAUCUGCAUCCACAUUGUCUGCUAGUGACUUUGUCUCGGAAGGUCCCAAGUCGGACUUACUGUGCCAUGCGAUCUCAUCGCCCUCAAGCAUGUCUGUGCCCCCCUUAUCAUCUUCGGAUCAUGCUAUCUUUUCGUCUCAACAUUCAGGAUUUGAUCACAAUGCACACCUUGACACAAUUGCCUCGGCAGCUUCUGCUGCUGCUGCGACUCAAUAUGAGGAAGCGGCAGCAUUCCAAGCCAAAUAUUACCACGAACACCCCACAGCACUCCGGUCGUCCGCGUCUGCGUCUCUUUCCUCCUCAUCAACUGAUACCUAUUCGUUUGCUCCGACUGAUUCAUCGAGUGCGUUCUUGUCAUUAAUGCGACCAGCAUCUCUUGCAAUGCACGAUCUGGAUACGUCACAAUGUAAUGAAAAAAAGCACGAGGAUAUGCAUGCUUUGAAAGAUGCCAUAACUGACGCUAGGUGUUCUCCGAAUCGUACGACAACAUCAAGGGCCCCAUCCAGACCAGCAUCGUGCUCAAUCACAUCGUCCGGAUCAGUUUCUGCAUGCUCCACUAUGACAGUGCCCACAACGUCAUUUGGCACCUCAUUCCUAACACAUUUGAAUGCUGAUGCUGUGCUAUCUUUUGACGAUGAACGGGACGAUGUUGCUUCAACAAAUACCCCAACGAAUUCGGGUUCUGGUCCUGUUCGCAGUGUCGCUCCCCAAGUACCUGUGCAACGUCAGACAAUACCGGAGACGGCACAACAACUUCAUACUCACGAACCAAAUGUGCGAGACACACCACCAUCACUUAGUGUGUCAAACAGUUCACCAGCAAGAACAGUGUCAUCGGCCAUACUGUCAGCUAAUGUAUCCCCGUUGAGUGGACAGACCUCCACUGCGAAACAGGCUAUACAAAGUCCCUGUGAAGAAGCGAAAAGGCCUAGGACAGACCCUGAGAAGGCAGCGGAGCCACGCACAUCGUCGGAGUCGACGCAAAAGCGGUUUCAAUGUCCAAAGUGUUCACGAGCAUUUGCCCGUGCGUACAACCUUAACACGCAUUUAUCGACACAUGACCCUGACCCGUCACGAGCCAAGCCCUUUCCGUGCCCGUACCGUUCCUGUCGUGCUGAGGGUGGACGCUCUUUCUCGCGGAAGCAUGAUCUUCAACGACACGUAGCAAGUGUGCACGAAUGGGAGCCUGAGCCAGGGAUUCACGGCGAUUCUGGCGACGUUGGCGAGGGACAGGAGACAGGCGGUCUAGCUAGUUUGGGUCUGGGUGCACCUGGCAAAAAGUUUCGGUGUGAUGAAUGUGGCCGAGCGUUUGUCCGCCGGGACGCGCUUCGGCGACAUCACUGCGAAGGCGCAUCUGCUCAUGCAAUGCUUGCAAGGAAAGCGACCAUAUUUGAAAAACCGCCGCCAGCUUAUGCUAUGCGCACGUUCCCCGGCGAUGUUGUUCAACGUGUAGCAUUGCAGCUUAUGAACAAAACUGAUCCCAAGGUGCCAUAUGCUCCCGAAAUGGUAAAAACAUCAGCGGCCUCGCGCUCAGAGGGCGAACCCCGCUCUGAGCCAUCAAGGAUCCAGCGAAAUCCUUCUCCCAGCUUGGCCACAACCUAUGUUACUUAA